GGCCAUGGGUGCUUGUUGUUACAACAUUCUGAUUUUUGUUUAUAUAGUAUAGUUAUUUGUUUUCAUGUUGCAUAUCUUCAAAAGCAAACCAUUCUCGCCGGUAAAAAGGUGGCUGGAAAAAGCAGAGAUCCCUUAACCAUGAUUCCCUUCAAAGUAUCUUUCACCUUCCUCAUCCUCUUCCCAUGGUAUCAAUCUUCCACUCGGACCCAACUCAAGCUCUGAUUUCUCCUACUCCGUCGCCAAAAACUUGGAAGUAGAUGUCUUAGCCCGGGAAAAUCAAAAUUUCUCAAUAAUCAAUCUAUGGACUUUCCACGCCGCUCUUUUGCUGCGUCUCUCUCGCCUCUCCGGCUAAUCGAUGGACUCCCGCGUCGGAGGAGUUUCAAUUAUAAUCAGAUGCCUGAAGAGCCCAUCAAACUCACUGUUCUCAAGCUUGAUGGAUCUUCCUUUGGUAUUCAAGUGUUGAAGACAGCGACAGUAGGGGAGCUCAAGAUGGCAGUAGAAGCUGCGUUUUCUCACUUGCCCAUCUCAGGCCCUGGCAAGAUCUCAUGGCCGCAUGUUUGGGGACAAUUCUGCUUAUCUUACGAAGAUAAAAGACUGAUUAACGAGUCUGAGUACCUCCUUGAAUUUGGCAUUAAAGACGGCGAUCAGUCCACCAUCAUUCAGCUUCGAUUCAUCCGCCAUAUCUCAAACUACUGCAUGUUGAUGGUGAAGCAUAAGAGCAAGACACCCCGUGUUUCUUCUUUCAAACAACUCAAACUGUUCUCAACCACACCCGAAACCCGGAAAAAGAAGGUAAGAGAAGGUCAAGAAGAUGGUGUUGACUCCAUCCCUCGGAUCCAACCAAGCUUUCUAGCGACUGUAUUGGGAGGUUGGCUCUCUUACAAGUCGACGACGCCAAGUCAACGAGGUACUAAACACAGAAACGUGACUGCAAGUAGAGUUUUUAACAAACUCAUUGCAAGGUUUCGUUUCAAGUGUUAUUCCGAGAAGGAUGUGUGGAACAGAAAAAAACUCAUCUCCGAAACAUAGAAAAAAAAAGAAAAAAAAAACACUCUUCUUCCAUGGAACUUUCUCAUUUGAUUCUUGUAGAGAUUUUGAUUUCCCAAUCUUCGUGUUUUAUAUACAAACUUUGAUGUUGUGUGUGUGUGCAAAACGAAUAAGGGAUUGAUGAUUGUGUGUGUUUGCGUUUGUAGUGUCUACUUUUCACAAAUUACCUA